AGGAGGCGGUCAAGGAAAGGGGAGUGGACAGAAAUGAUCAGUCGUGAAAAAGGUAGUGAGGACCAAUUAAAGCCAUGCGUGUCUUUCUGUGGCAGGACUGCAACUUCAAGGCGUUUUGACUAAUCUUCGGACAAUUCAUUAAUUAUUAUACUAUCGUCAUUGACUAUGAUUUGUCAUACUCGGAUCUACUCUUGAAACACUGCACUUCCCUUUUUAAGGACCUUUAUUCAAUUUGCGCCUUGCAUCAGAGUAACGGUGCCGAAUUUCACUUGGAUGAGUCAGAACUUUUCCCAUUCAGCGUCCGAGAGCUUUGUUUGCUUUGGAUUGACUCCCCCUUGCUUCUGACGUGGAUCCAUUAUCGUGAGGACCCGACCAUGAAACUGGGCUUGGUGGUCGAGGCUGCGGUGGCUCUUUAUCUCCUGUUCGCACCUGCACAGACGCCCGGCUGAGAUGUUUGCAGCCUGACCUACAAGCCAAAAGGAGUGUCAAUGUUGUGGUAUUUCUCUCCAGUUGUAAUGUCCCGGCCCAAGGGACGGUCGCAAUCAGGAAAUAUGGAUUUCUACUUCCUCCGGCAGAGAAGAUGGAGCGGUGGCGCUUGGGGCAGCCGUCUACUCAGCAGUCUUUAAUCUCCCAUCUGGAUGCAAUUUGCUAUGGUUUACACUGGGAGAGCAGCGUUUACUAGUCUACCCACAAUGAGCCUCAACAGCACAAUGCACGCACCCGCCGUGUUGUUGUUCCAAGACGUGUGGGCUCGGAGCCUAUGUCGAACCAUCGAGAAGCUGGUGGAGGUGGUGCAGGAGUACCCGUCGGAAGUUGAGCACAUCUACAGCCCUGCCUGUGUGCCUCUGGUGAGGUGUGCAGGCUGCUGCGGAGAUGAGAAGCUCGAGUGCCACCCCACCCUCACAACUAACGUCACAAUGCAACUGCUGAAAAUAAGGCCAGCUGAGCUUGGAGAGGAAUACGUUGAAAUGACCUUUGCGGAGCAUCAGACAUGUGAAUGUAGAGUCAAAAAACCUGUUGGGAAGGUUGAAAGGAAAAGGCAAAGAGGUAAAGGGCGGAGGCGAAAGGAGAAGCAAAAAACAAAAGACUGUGACAGGUGCCAGAUUCCUCGAAGGUAACUGCAGCAGCCAGCCAAAGUCUCGCUGCAGUGUGGCUCGCUAAUUAUUUCCAGCCCAUUGACAGCAUCAAGCGUCUCUUGUCGCUCUCUUUCAACACUGAGUGUACAGCAGGAGACUCCAAACAGUUGGGUUGUGAAGACGUGCCCACCUGGUGAUGAGCAAAGCGUUUGUGAUGACAAGGUUCAACAGAAAAUGUGCUUUCGUUGCUGGAAAGCUUGCCGUGACACUGUUGAUAAAAGGACACACACCUGGGAGCCAAGUGCAAUGUAGGAACAAACAGACUGAUUACACUUGUUAUCACUGUAUUAUGUAUGGUCAUUGUUACAUUUUUUUCGUAUUUAAAGUUUGUUACUUGUGUUUAAUAUCUAUAUUUAUUGACAGAAACGCCAGAAUAAAAAUGGACCAAAAAUAUGGUUUGUCCAAAUCUGUCUUGACUCAUAACUGUGUUCCAAGUGAAAUGUCUCCCUCCAGUGUCUGUAAUAACAAACAGUGCUGAUGAGCGAGAUGGACUCGCUUGACUCACGGUUAUACUUUACGUCACAUGACUAGACACUGAUCAUUUUAUUUUUAACUCUGGCCUAAAUGCUAAGUGUUUAUCAAUGAAACAAACAGAUGUUACAUCACCAUUUUGCAGAAAUAAACGUGAUUUGUGAAAUUGUAA